ACUUCCCUUCUCCUUGGAUUCUGUGUUUUGUCGACAAAAGUUUUCCAGCAAGACGCAGUUUUUUUUUUUUUCACUUUGUAACAACGAAAAUAUUUGACUGCCAAUUUCUGCGAAAUAGCCAUCAUGUCUCCCCCAUCAAGAAGGCUUCAAACGAAGCCUGUGAUUACAUGUCUCAAGACCUUUCUUAUUUCUUACAGUCUCAUAUUUUGGUUUACAGGGGUUAUCCUUCUGGCUGUUGGAGUAUGGGGGAAGGUAAGCCUGGAAGCUUAUUUCCAGCUGGCCUCUGAGAAGAGCACAAAUGCACCAUAUGUCCUCAUCGGGACUGGCACCAUCAUCGUCAUUUUUGGCCUGUUUGGUUGCUUCGCUACAUGCCGCGGUAGCCCAUGGAUGCUAAAGCUGUAUGCCAUGUUCUUGGUGCUGGUGUUCUUAGCUGAGUUUGUGGCCGGCAUCUCUGGCUUCUUAUUCAGACAUGAGAUAAAGGCUGUAUUAGGUGAUGCCUAUAAAGACGCUGUGACGAACUACCAUUUCCCUGACCCCAAAAGCUCUGCAGUUGACACCAUCCAGAUGACUUUGCACUGCUGUGGAAUGGAAAGUUACAAGGACUGGAACACGACACAGUACUUCAAAGACAAUGGUAUCCCUGCCAGCUGUUGCAAAGAGAAUGAUGUCUGCCCUGAUGAGAAACUCAAGGACCUUGACAAGGCUCGCGACAUAGUGUAUGACACGGGCUGCUUCUCACUGGUGACCGAUUUGAUGGAGUCUAACCUGGGAAUCAUUGCAGGGAUAUCUUUUGGAAUUGCAUUCUUCCAGCUCAUUGGGGUAUUCUUGUCCUGCUGCUUGUCUCGAUACAUCACCAACAACCAGUACGAGAUGGUCUAGCAGUGUCCUUCCUCAGGUCACUGACGGGAAGCUCAUGACGCAAACUGACUCAAAGGGAACGCCCAUAGUUUUAAUCCUUCGUAUAUGCAUAAUGGUUCUGUCAUUUCAGAAUACACUCUCGCUGACACUCACUUUUCAAUGGCAACCAGUCUGAAGGGAAAAUGUUGUUGGACACCAUAAGGGAUCUAUUUCUACCAUUCUCCAUCAUCAAUUUGAUUAAGCUUUGUCUUGCUAAGACUAGUGGAAUACAGUUUGUGCUUAAAUGUUCAUUUGGGAUUCACAGACUUUAUAAAUGUAAUAUUUAUCUUUUCAUUCAUGUCCGUUUGAUGUUAUUAUACAUGACAUAUGUAUUUGGUGUGCUAAGCCAAAAUAUUCCUGUUUAUGUUAUCCUUGUCCAUAUUCAUCAUUCUCCAUCAUAAAUGCUGCCCUCAUUCUAGUUACAUGGCAUCUUGUGGUUAAAGUUAUCUUACUGUAGCCUAUUUUAUUUCCAUGAUUGGCAUUACAAUAUUAGAAGCUGGUAACUGAUUAGUCCAUCUGUAACACCACAGUAACUUGCACUGUAAAACCUCCAGCAAUCCAUCCAUCUUUAGUCAUUUAGCAGACGCUCUUAUCCAGAGCGACUUACAGGAGCAAUUAGGGUUAAGUGCCUUGCUCAAGGGC